CACUGCCUGCCCUCCACCAUUCUAAUUCUACAUUUGGCGCCAAAGGGCUCGGUCAAAAACUAUCAGAUACUUACGCUCUAUCUUCUCCCCAACAAAUACAUUUAUUACGAAGCAAUGUACAUUGACAGUUGGAGUUGUUCCUUUGACAAUGCAGGCGGUAACGGCCGGUGCUCGCUACCAGACUGUAAUACCUUUGCUUUAACUUUAUCCAAUACUAUUCAAGUAUGGACAUCAACACAGGAUAACACUAUCUUAGCAGUAAAGAAUGAGGUUGUGUUACGUUCAGCUGAAAACAACGAUCAUUGUCGGUAUCGUAUGGCUGUUUCUACUUGACAUAGAAGCCAUGAAACAGACACGUAUCAGACAUCGGACGUCCAUAGACACGGGGCGACGGACAGCAGACAGACGCCGUGGGACGAUGAAGGCCAAAACGCGAACACAAGCAAUCCCGCCUUUCGGCACGAUACCAAAUCCCGCCAAAGCUUCACGGAAGGAACUUGGCGCAAAAGUGAAUGACAUUAUUCGUCCAACAAGAGGAAAAAAGAAUUCCUUUGUGAUCACAAAGAGACAACAUUUAAAGAAAGAAUGGUGCAAAACUCAGCAUUUUACACAGGUUGUUCGGGAGCCUGGGUGCCUUAGUCGGACUAUAAUCAAUAACUUCUGUUACGGCCAGUGUAACUCGUUCUUCAUUCCUAAGUCUGACCGCCGUGACCUCAAGGAGGCAGCCUUCGUGUCAUGUGGGUUCUGUAAGCCCAGAGCCUUCUCAACGAUCAGGGUCACUCUCAUGUGUCCCGGCAAACACUCCAGACUCAAGCGAAAACGCAUCCUCAAAAUCAAAAAGUGUCGUUGUAUGGCCCAAAAGGUGGACAUGAACGUGUGACAGUGUGGUGUCGUUGUAUGGCCCAAAAGAUUGACAUGAACGUGUGACAGUGUGGUCAUGCACGCGUGUGACAGAUCAAUCCGGAUCUAACAGCAGACUGCUAGUCUCGUAAGUUUGAGACACCUAUCUCGGAGGAUUCUGUGGUGCUUCCGGAACAUUGUGACCGUCAGUUCCGCCGGAAGUGGUGACAGUAACGGGUACGGAAACAUUUGUUUCCGAGAUACAUGAUCAAAAUACUUUUCUCAAGUGCAAUAUUGUUCGCGUUACGUGUAGACUUCUGACUCAAGUGUCCUUAAAGCGUUGGUGACGUACUUCCUGCGGGGUACCUGGGUACCGAGGUUUGGUCGGGUGUCAGCCGAGACACCGGACGGAUAUAUAGGGCAGAGCCGUUAUUUAUAUGAGAAAUAGGAACUAAAUCACCAUUAAAUUUCCGUUAUGGCGACAACACAAACGCUAUAUUCUGUUGACACUCAAAUUAUUUUAAAUGUCAGAGAACUGUUUUGCCUAUUAAAAGUUAUUUAUUUUGUACAUGUAUGUCAAA